AUUUCUCGAAACAUGCCUCACUUUACUUGCAAUACACGCCACUUCAUAUAAAAAUAAGGUGUCCAAGGCACUUUAAUAAUGAUAUAUUGAAGAAGAUCUCAAAUUUAAAUAACUAUGUAGAAAUUUUGUAAUAAUAAAACCAAAAAGCAAUCUUUUCAGUAAGAUAUAUAUUUCAUUUUUAUAUCGUAAAAGAUUUGAUUUGAUUUUGUAUUUUUCUCAGUUUCCGCCAAUCUCCCCCACUAUAAAUAGCCAUUCACCGCUCUUUCACUCUUUCACAAACCAUCAUUCAAUUCAAUUCUCUGUUCCAAACCCUUUGCUUGCUUCUGCGAAUCACGUUUUCUCUUUUUGAACUUUGAAUCGUUUCUUUUUGAGAUUCAGAGUUACAUCUUCUUCUUUGUGACGAAUUAGGACCAGUCAAGAUGGUGAAGUUUACGGCCGAAGAACUUCGGCGGAAUAUGGACCUCAAACACAAUAUCAGGAAUAUGUCUGUUAUUGCUCAUGUUGAUCAUGGGAAGUCAACUCUCACUGAUUCUCUGGUGGCUGCUGCGGGUAUUAUUGCACAAGAGAAUGCAGGAGAUGUUAGGAUGACAGAUACCCGUGCAGAUGAAGCUGAGCGCGGUAUAACAAUCAAGUCCACUGGUAUCUCUCUUUACUACGAGAUGAGUGAUGAGGAUUUGAAGGACUACAAGGGAGAACGUGAAGGGAAUCAGUAUCUGAUUAAUCUCAUUGACUCACCCGGACAUGUUGAUUUCUCAUCUGAGGUCACUGCUGCACUUCGUAUCACUGAUGGAGCGCUUGUGGUGGUGGAUUGUGUUGAGGGUGUUUGUGUCCAAACAGAGACUGUUCUGAGACAGGCCCUUGGAGAAAGGAUUAGGCCUGUGUUGACUGUGAACAAGAUGGAUAGGUGCUUCCUUGAGUUGCAACUUGAUGCAGAGGAGGCAUACCUUACCUUUCAGAGGGUUAUUGAGAGUGCAAAUGUCAUCAUGGCUACCUAUGAAGAUGCUCUACUUGGUGAUGUUCAGGUGUAUCCUGAAAAGGGAACUGUUGCUUUCUCUGCUGGUUUACAUGGAUGGGCUUUUACCCUGACCAAUUUUGCAAAGAUGUAUGCUUCAAAGUUUGGAGUGGAUGAGGCGAAGAUGAUGACCAGGCUUUGGGGUGAAAAUUUCUUUGACCCUGCUACCAAAAAGUGGACCAACAAGCACACUGGAACUUCUACUUGUAAACGUGGGUUUGUCCAGUUCUGCUAUGAACCAAUCAAGAAGAUUAUUGAACUUUGUAUGAAUGACCAGAAGGAUAAGUUGUGGCCCAUGUUGCCAAAGCUUGGGGUGAACUUGAAGUCAGAGGAGAAGGAGUUGACCGGAAAGGCUUUGAUGAAGCGUGUCAUGCAGAGCUGGCUCCCAGCAAGCAGUGCCCUUCUUGAGAUGAUGAUAUUUCAUCUACCUUCCCCUGCCAAGGCUCAAAGAUAUCGCGUCGAGAAUUUGUACGAGGGUCCCCUUGAUGAUCAAUAUGCUACUGCUAUCAGAAACUGUGACCCUGAAGGACCUCUGAUGCUUUAUGUCUCAAAGAUGAUUCCAGCACCUGAUAAGGGAAGGUUUUUUGCUUUUGGCCGUGUCUUCUCUGGUAAGGUCUCAACUGGUAUGAAGGUCAGAAUCAUGGGACCAAAUUAUGUCCCUGGGGAGAAGAAGGACCUAUAUGUCAAGAGUGUUCAGAGAACUGUCAUUUGGAUGGGAAAGAAGCAAGAAACUGUUGAGCAUGUCCCUUGUGGAAACACAGUUGCCAUGGUGGGUUUGGAUCAGUUUAUUACCAAGAAUGCCACUUUAACGAACGAGAAAGAAGUCGAUGCACAUCCUAUUCGGGCCAUGAAGUUUUCUGUGUCACCUGUGGUGAGUGUGGCUGUUACAUGCAAGAUUGCAUCAGAGCUUCCUAAGCUUGUUGAAGGCCUGAAACGGUUAGCAAAGUCAGACCCCAUGGUGGUGUGUACAAUUUCAGAGACUGGAGAACACAUCAUAGCGGCUGCUGGUGAGCUGCAUCUUGAAAUCUGCUUGAAGGACUUGCAGGAUGAUUUCAUGAAUGGAGCAGAGAUUACAAAAUCUGAACCUAUUGUCUCCUUCCGCGAAACCGUGUUUGAGAAAUCCUGUCGUACCGUGAUGAGCAAGUCACCUAACAAACACAACCGUCUGUACAUUGAAGCAAGGCCAAUGGAGGAUGGUCUUGCAGAGGCCAUUGAUGAUGGAAAGAUAGGACCAAGGGAUGACCCCAAAACUCGUUCUAAGAUACUGUCUGAAGAGUUUGGUUGGGACAAGGAUCUUGCCAAGAAAAUAUGGUGCUUUGGUCCUGAGACAACUGGACCCAACAUGGUGGUAGAUACAUGCAAGGGUGUUCAGUAUCUGAGUGAAAUCAAGGACUCAGUGGUUGCUGGGUUUCAGAUAGCAUCAAAAGAAGGUCCAUUGGCUGAUGAGAACAUGAGAGGAGUUUGCUUUGAGAUUUGUGAUGUUGUUCUGCAUGCUGAUGCCAUUCACAGAGGAGGAGGGCAGAUCAUUCCAACUGCUAGAAGGGUGUUCUAUGCUGCGACGCUGACGGCGAAGCCGAGACUUUUGGAGCCUGUGUAUCUGGUAGAAAUACAGUCACCAGAACAGGCUCUUGGUGGAAUAUAUAGUGUUCUUAACCAGAGAAGAGGGCACGUGUUUGAGGAAAUCCAGAGGCCUGGAACCCCACUUUACAAUGUUAAGGCAUACUUGCCUGUUAUUGAGUCAUUCAACUUCAAUGAAUUACUGAGGCAACAAACUGCAGGACAAGCUUUCCCACAGUUGGUGUUUGAUCACUGGGAUAUGGUGCCAUCUGAUCCACUGGAACCUGGAACUCCUGCUGCUGUGCGUGUUGCUGAGAUCAGGCGAAAGAAAGGCCUUAAAGAACAAAUGACGCCUCUCUCUGAGUUUGAGGAUAGGCUUUGAAGUGUCAACGAGUUACCUUAGUACCAAAUUUUGCAUAGAUUUCUUUUUGAUUCCAUUUUUUCCUAGUUUUCCGUUUUUGUUUCAUGUUAUUCUCUUUUUGCAAUAGAGCUCAAACUUAAUAUACCAAUGAUUUUAAUUGUAA